UCACCUCUUUCUGGAAACACUUUGCCAGCCCUCUGUCAGAUAAAAAAAGGUAACUGCUGUGUAACUUUAGUUAUGAAAAAAAGAAAUGACAGAUACAAUAUCAUGACACAAAUUGAAUUGACUUUCUUAAUACUGAGUACAUUUUUCCACUGUAAAUAAUCACUGACAUCUCCACUGGUUUAGUAUUGCAGACUCUGUUGAGAUGCUUUACUUCAGUGCCAGAGAACACCAUAUUGACAAGUGGGUCUUGGUCAUCCCUCUGAUUCACCUGCUGAGAGGAGAAAGCAAGCCAUUUGAGCCACUCCAACCUGUUCUGAACCCAGAUCUCGACUCCUGGAGAUGCUUAAAGAUGUACAAAGGAACACGUGUCAGCGGGGAUCAUUAUGUCAGGAUCAUGAAGGAAAACGCGUAUCUGGUGAACAUUGAUCGUCUCCUUGUGCACUCUUGGAUGUCUCUGCUGCCAGUGGAGGAUCUAAAAAGCUUCAUAUCCAGUAUGCAAGUGGACCUACUCGACAUUCUUCAGUACAUAGAGUUCAGCAUCAGAUCCGGAAAAAAACUUUCCAACUACAUGGCUUUGAAAGAAUUGGCAUGUCAUCUCAUCAACAGAGAAAGCCACCGUAAAAGCUUGGAUGACAAAUAUGGAGAGUGUUGCUUGAGAACUGCAGUCAAGCUUCUUGGUUCUAUUUGCCGUCAAACAACAGAGCCAGACCGCUGGGAUGUUCCCAUUUAUUUCCUUCAGCUGGUCUGUCUGACGGCCAAGGUGUAUGACCACAGCACUUCACAGGCAAGAGAGAGAAUUCAUCAAGAGGUGAUUUGGGAGACAUUGGAAACAACGAGGGAAUGGAGGAGAAAAACUUUCAGUAACAAACUGCUUAAUGACUGGAGUACUCAGUUCUCGGUACCCCAUGAAAUUAAGGUAUGGGAAACGUUACUCUCACUGUCCUUCAGUCAUGAGGAACACACUUCAUUCUGGAGAACCACCCUCAUGGAGGAUUUUAAAGGAAAACUAAAAAAAGAACGCCCGAUGACUCAAAUUGGAUUAUACUCCAACAAGAUGGAAGAACUGAGUCGGACAAGCCCGUUGCUCUGCAGCACAGUAGAGCAAUGUGCUUUGGAGGCAGUUGCAGAUAUUUGUCAGGAUAAAUCUGGCAGAGCUGUUUCAGAACUAUUGGCCAAACAUGAUCUCACAAAGUUUGGGAAGCUGAUGUCCGUUGUUCUGCUGAAGACAUGGCCCACAGAUGUGAAUGGAGAUGACAUCGAAGGGGAGGACUUGAUACUGGAAUACCUUCUGAACUGGCCCAUGGCCAGCACAGCUUUCCAAAUGACAGAAGGAGGACUGAUCAACAAAUUGUCAGAUGAAGCACAAAUCAGGAUGACUUUGGCGUGUACAGCAUUCAAAUCUGUAUCACAGAAGUUCCUCAGUGGAGAGAUCCAAAUGAAAACUUUAAACCAAAUCCUCAAGAAAGAACGUGAAUUUGUGGACUUGCUGAAGAUAGAUGUCCUUUGUGAAGAUGGUCGUUGUAAAGAUAGAAGAAACAUGAAAGCGUUACUGAGACAAAGAAAAGAGGAAGCAGAAGCUGUGGAUAGUGAGAAGGAGAUGGUCAAAUACCUUCUACAGAUCUGCCAGGAGCUUCCACAUCAUGUCAAAGCUGACUUCAAGGGGUUGGAUGAAAAACUUCAUAACAACAUUGAGAUGAUGAAUCUGAAUCAAUUCAUGAAGGUUCACACUCUGGAUGGACAGACAACUGGACAGGUCACUUAUUUCAACCUUUGUGAUAUAACCCGUGAGAUGGCUUCAGAGCUGUACGCCAUCAAAGACAGCACCAUCUUUAAAACGUGCUGGACCAACCAAGUGGAAGAGCUGUCGAGAGACCAGCCUGAUCCAGAUGAUGCUGAUGGAAAUGAAGAAAUCUACACUCUCCAGCUGGUCCACAGCAAAAUAUUCCAGAGCUGCUACAACAAGUACAAAGAGGUUUAUGAGGGUCUGAAGAGUGGUGAACUGUUACUGGAGGACAUAGACAACAUCUUUCAGGACUACAAAGGACAUUACAAAGAACUGAAGGAAGAUUUAGACAUCAUGUGCAGAACAAAUCCAUCUGAUGACAGAAAAUGGAUCAGAAGAAGGAUUCAACAGAUUCAACAGUAUCAUGAUCUUCAUCUUGCAAUGGAAUCUGCCAAAGUCAUCAUGGAUACCAGGAACACACUAUGUCCAGAAGGAGACUUCAAAGUUCUGGAAAAGUUGCUUCAAAUGAAUCAAGCUGACUUCAAGAAAAACAGCCUGAAGUGCAUCGACGAAAGCUUCAUGACAGCCCAACAUGUCCUGUCGGACAUUAGGGAUGAUCAUAAGGAAUGUCUCCAGAAACUCAAUCAGAGCAAAGACUUUGUCCUGUGGGUUAAAGAAGAGCUUGAAGACAUCAAUGAGCUGAAAGUUUUUGUUGACCUGGCGUCCAUCUCUGCUGGAGAAAAUGACCUGGACGUGGGUCGGGUGGCCUGUUUUCAUGACGCUGUCCUUGGUUACUCGUCCAUGUUGUAUGGACUGAAGCACGACUCUGAUUUUGAGACCUUCAGAAAGUCAUUGUCAAAAUUAUGGAAGGCACUUGAAAAUGACAGAAAUAUUCCAACGAAGCUGCUGGAUACAGCACGUCAUCUUGAAUGGUUAAAGACUGUUAAGGAUUGCCAUGGAUCUGUUGAAUUUUCAUCCCUGUACCUGGCUACAUCCAUCAAUGAAAGUGGGAUAUACACUAUCAAGGCCCAAAACCAAGAGAAGCUCUCCUUAGAGACUUCUCUGAUGCUGCACAUUCAGGAUGGACAUGAGAAAAACAUGGCAUGCACCUAUGAGGACUUGAAAGAGUUGCAAAAUAAGCUCAUGCUCAUGUCUGGAAGAAGAGAACAAAAUCAGAGUGAAGUUGAACAGUUUGCUGAGGUGUUUGACAUGGUCCAAAGACUUGCUAAAGCAUUUGUAGACCUUUAUGCUGCAGGGAACCCACUCUUUAGGUGUUGGGAAGCUAAGAUUCAUUGCAAAAGUCAGAUUGACCCAUGUAUCAUUAUGGAAAUCAACUUUUGCAAGACACUGCAUCGCAUUCAAGUAUGUGGUAGUCUAGUUGAACAACUUACAAUGCUAUCCAAGAAGAUGGAGUUGUUUCUUGAUGACUGGAGAAACUUCAUGGACAAACAAAGAUGUGACCACUACCACUUAAACUACUUCACAGCUGAACAACUAUUCUACCUGUGCAGUGUUGUGACGCCAACAGAAGUGAACGCAGAAAUAGAGGAAAAAGUUUUGAUGAUGCUCUCUUUCAUCAAACCGCACUGCAAAACAUCAGAUUUCUGGAGCACAUGGAUGAAGUUUUGUGAACAAUUUGAGCCUACAAAGAGAAUGAAUGAAGAUAUUAACUUUCAAAGUCACUUUCUUCACCAGGAAGACAGCAACAUGUCUUCAGCUGAUGUGAGUCCUGAUCCAGCAGACCAGACUGUUGGUUUGAAGGAACUGGAAGAGCUGUGGAACAGCUACAUGAAGAAUGAGGAAAUAUUUUUUCUUGGCUUUUUGGACAUAAGAAGCUUAGGCGAGCUGCUGAAAUUGAUGACUGUCACAGACAACCAAAGCAAAGAUGAAUGGGAAGAACCAGUGCUCUCAGAGUCUAAAGACAGUUCACUCAGAAGAAGUCUCCCAAAAGGCCUCCUACCAAACCAGCCUAAUCUCAUAAUCUGCCCACACGACCAGGUCCUGACUUCAAGCAUCAGCUUGUACAUGACCAGUGAAUAUCAGCCACUGCCAACUUAUGAUGAGGUUCUCUUGUGUACCCCUGCAACAUCUUAUGAGCAAGUAGAGCUUUUCCUGAGGAGAUGUCUCACACCAGGUGAUGUUGGCCAGAAGAUUUACACAGUGCUUUGGGCAGACCAACUUAGCUACGACGUUAGCUGUGCAAUGGAGAAGUGUUUUCAAAAACUGCGUUCCAGACAUGAUUACAACCUGGUGAUCUUUUGCAGCUCUGACAGGGAACACACAUACAUUCCUACUGCAUUCAGUCAGUUCAAAAGAGACGUUGUGCCACAAGAGCCAUUGGAAAGGAUUCAGAAGUACUUGUCCAGGCAUUACACUGUCCCCUCCGAUCACAACAGCCCUGUGUUCAAGGGAGGCCACUCUGUCGGCAUUGUUUCUUCCCAACGUGCAGGAGUAGGCAAGUCAUUGUACGUCCAAAGAUUGUAUGAAAAGCUGAAGGGAAGUGCUGAUCAAAGAACUGCAUUUAAAAAGUGCAUUCGACUAACUGAACGUGAGGUUGAUGACGACAAGGUUCUCCAGUCUUUGUAUGACACACCAAGACAAAAAGAUCUCAAAGUGUUUCACUUUGAUGUCACAUCCUCAGUGCAAAAAGGCUUGAAUGAAUUCCUGUUCAAGCUUUUGUUUUUGCGGUACCUGAUGGAUUCAGACGGACGAAUGUGGCGAUGCAGCCAUGAGCAUUUGUACAUCAUCGAGUUGAUGGAAACCACAAAUCUGGCCAGAUCUGUACGAAAGGAUAACUUUGCAUUCUCAGAGAUUUUCCCAAAGGUGUUCUGUCGUCCACCAAAAGAGGUGGUGGCCUCGGAAAUGAGGAGAGAGGAAAACCCUGACAUACAGAGUGACGAGCCCCUCAUGGAUGACGAAUGUUUCAGGAGUGAAGCUUUUCAAAGACCAUACCAGUACCUCACACGUUUCUACAACAAUGACAAUCUUGACGACUUCACAUACCAGGGUGUGGAAGGGACUCAUGCGAAAUGUCUUCAGAUACUCUUAAUCUACUGUGGCAUAAUAGAUCCAUCAUGGGCAGAGCUGCGUAACUUUGUCUGGUUCCUUAAUCUUCAGUUGAAAGACUGUGAGAAUUCAGACUUCUGCAAAUUUGAGUUUGUUGGCGACACUCUUCAAGGUUUCAAAAACUUUGUGGUUGAGUUCAUGAUCUUGAUGUCCAAAGACUUUGCAACCCCCUCACUAUGCAUGACUGACCAGAGCCCAGGGAGGCAACAAAUUGACUCCAGUGGGCUUAAUGAAAGAGACUUGGCUCCAUUUCUCCUUAGAAAAAGGUGGGAAUCUGAGCCACAUCCAUAUAUCUUUUUCAACGAUGACCACAUGUCAAUGACUUUCAUUGGGUUUCACCUCGAGCUCAAUGACCAGAGAGGGGUUGAUGCCAUUAAUCCCUCGACAAGAGAAGUGAUAAAGAAAAACAUAAUGACUCGAGAGCUGUACACUGGCUUAAGACUUCAGAGAGUCCCUUUUAACAGGGAUUUUGAAAAGCUUUCUCGAGCUGAAAAGAUUGAGCAUCUGUGCCGUGUGCUUGGAAUCAAGUGGCCAACAGAUCCUGAUGAGACAUACGAACUGACCACCGAUAACAUUCUCAAAAUGAUGGCAAUCCACAUGAGAUUUAGGUGUGGCAUCCCAGUCAUCAUAAUGGGUGAAACAGGAUGUGGUAAGACAAGGCUCAUAAAGUUUAUGUGUGAACUGAGCAGAUAUGGAGCACCAGCAGAAAACAUGAAACUGGUCAAGGUUCAUGGAGGAACUACAUCAGAACUGAUACAUGAGAAAGUGAAGGAAGCAGAAACUCUUGCACAGACCAAUACAGAGAAACAUGAAUUUGACUCUGUUCUUUUCUUUGAUGAGGCAAACACCACAGAAGCUGUCAGCAGCAUCAAGGAGAUUCUUUGUGACAACUCUGUACAGGGACAACAACUUAGCCCUCAGACAGGCCUACAGAUUAUUGCGGCAUGUAAUCCAUACAGGAAGCACACAGACGAGAUGAUUGAAAGACUCGAGGCCUCUGGAUUAGGCUACCGGGUCCGGGCUGAGGAGACAGACGACAGACUCGGCUCCAUCCCUCUCCGCCAGCUUGUGUACCGUGUUCAUGCGUUACCCCCCAGCAUGAUUCCUCUUGUUUGGGACUUUGGGCAGCUCAAUGACUCAACAGAAAAAAUGUACAUCGAACAAAUAGUACAGAGACAAGCAAAGGGCAACUCAAUUGAGAAGAGUUAUAUUCCAAUUAUAACUCAGGUGUUGUCAUCAUCACAAAAUUUCAUGAGGGAGAAGAAAGAUGAAUGCAGCUUUGUCAGCUUGAGGGAUGUUGAACGUUGCAUGCACGUGUUUGUGUGGUUCCACAAAAAUCACCCCAUGUUUUCUUUGGAACUGACAGCUUUCCUUCGAGAGCUACGUCAAAAGAAUCCACAGGUGUCACCAUUUUCACCUGCCCGUGAUAGAGUAAUCUGGUCACUCUUGAUGGCCACUGGAGUGUGCUACCAGUCCUGCUUGGAGGACAAAAGGCAGUAUCAAAGAAUGAUUAGCCAGUUGCUUCCCUGUGACAUACAGAGAGAACUCCAACUCAUGCAGGGCCUCUUACUCAAUGGUGUACCUAUGGGUAAGACAAUAGCCAGAAAUGAGGCGUUGAAAGAAAACUUCUUCAUGAUGGUGAUCUGUGUUGAGCUUCGAAUUCCCUUGUUUAUUGUUGGGAAACCAGGGAGCUCCAAAUCACUGUCCAAAACCCUUAUUGCAGAUGCAAUGCAGGGCCCUGCAUCGCAUUCUGAACUAUACAAGAGGCUGAAGCAGAUACAUCUGGUGUCCUUCCAGUGCAGCCCUCAUUCGACUCCUGAAGGCAUCAUCAACACCUUCAAACAGUGUGCUCGCUUUCAGGAAAGCAAGAACCUUGAUGAAUACAUCUCAGUAGUUGUUCUUGACGAGAUUGGACUGGCCGAAGAUUCGCCGAAAAUGCCACUGAAAACAUUGCACCCAUUGCUGGAAGAGGGCUGUGUUGAUGAUGAGCCACAACCUCAUAACAGGGUCGGGUUCAUUGGAAUUUCCAAUUGGGCACUGGACCCUGCCAAGAUGAAUCGUGGGAUAUUUGUGUCCCGUGGAGAUCCAAACCAGAAGGAGCUCAUCAAAAGUGCCAAAGGGAUAUGCUCAUCUGAAAAAAAGGUUCUUGAAAAGAUCAAACAUCUCUUUGAGCCAUUUGGAAAAGCAUACAUGACAGUAUGCAAAGAAGGCAGAGGUUUCUUUGGUCUGCGGGAUUUCUACAGUCUGAUAAAGAUGAUAUUUUCAAUUACGAAAGUCACUAAUGAGUGUCCAACUGCAGAUCAAAUCACGAAAGCAGUCCUGAGAAACUUCAGUGGAAAAGAUGAUGUGGAUGUGAAGGGCAUAUUCAGCACAGAACUCAAAGAGGACUUUGCCAAUGCCAGCAUCAAAACCAUUGAGUUGGUCGAGCAAAGCAUCUCUCCAGAGUGCCAAGUGGACGAAAGUCGUUACCUUUUAAUCCUCACACAAAACUAUGCAGCUCUUCAGAUCCUGCAACAGAUCCUUUUCAGUCACCAAAUCCACCCAGAGAUCAUAUUUGGGUCUAGUUUCCAAAAAGAUCAGGAGUACACGCAGAUUUGUAGGAACAUCAACCGUGUCAAGGUUUGCAUGGAGACCGGACAGACAGUUGUGCUUCUGAACCUUCAGAAUCUGUAUGAAAGUCUGUAUGAUGCUCUCAACCAAUACUAUGUGACCCUCGGGGGUCAGAAGUAUGUUGAUCUUGGAUUAGGAACACAUCGUGUGAAAUGCAGAGUUCACAAAAACUUCAGGCUCAUUGUCAUUGAAGAGAAAGAGGUGGUCUACAAGCAGUUUCCCAUCCCACUGAUCAACAGAUUGGAAAAGCAUUACCUUGACAUCAAUACUGUUCUCAGACAUGAGCAGAAGGACAUUGUCAGACAGCUACAGAAAUGGGUGGAGGAUUUUGUCUCCUUAAGUGGUCAACACUACACGAAAAAGCAAUAUGUUCCAAGUGAUGUCUUCAUCGGCUACCAUUCAGACACAUGCUCCUCUGUGGUCCUGCAAGCAACAGAGAAUCAAAGUGUUGAAACAGACGCUCAGACCAUUCUGAACAAAGCCAAGGACAUUCUGCUCAACUGUGCCACUCCAGACUCGGUUGUUCGUUUGGAAAAAUCCAGACUACCUGAUGAAGAAAGAGAAGAUUUCAUGAAAAAAUAUGUUCAAGAGGAGAUGCACAGUUCAUUGGGAGACUACAUCAUCUACCACACACAGCUGUUGGAACAGUCUCACUUCUUCUUCACUGAGGUCACAACAUUUUCCAGGCUACUGACGGCAGCAGACACUCAAGACCUGCAGAAUGUGAUAAAGCUUGAAGAUAUUAAGCUGCUAUCGCUGCAACAGUUUGACACAGAGUACUCUUUCCUCAAGGAAAUCAGGGAAUUCCUUGGAUCAACACCUGCAGACAAAGUGCUCAUCAUCCAAUCAGACUAUGAUGAAGAGUCCCACGGGAGGAAUAUUCUCUCCUCAGCCAAGUAUUCGUGCAUCAACGAAAUGAACAAGUCGGUAACUACUGGCGACACAAAGACAUUUGUGUACUUUAUCACCAAACUUCCACGAAUCGAGGGUGGGACCUCCUAUGUUGGCUUUCAAGGCGGUCCUUGGAAGUCUGUCCACAUUGAUGCUCUCAGAAGAUCAAAAGAGUUUGUGUCUGAUGUUCAUUCCCUGAAAAAUCUGCGCAUAAGUGAACUUUUCAAAGAUCCACCUGAGGUCAUGGAGACAGAAGACCCCACCAGUGUGGCAGAAAAUGAUGAUGACUCCAAUGUCUUGGGAGGUUUGUCUGAUAUAUCAGAUGUGAUGAGAAGCUGUGUGCAGAGUGCUGUGAGCAUGCUCAGAGACGCAGCAGAUGGUGGACAACUCAGCACCAAGAGAGUGGAGAACCUGCUCACACUUCUGGAUGAAAGUCAGACACAAGGUCUGUUUGCAAACAUUGUGAGGAAGCGUCUCCACUGGCUCUUAGAGGACUAUGAGGCCAACAUCCCCAAUCCAAAGAGCUGGGUCCUGACAGAGGCAUUCAACAUCAACGCUCUCCAAGAGGGGGGAACAUUCCUACACACACUGUGGAGGAAAAUCCAAGCAGUUGUCACUCCACUUCUUGCCAACUUGGUCUCAGUCAUUGACAGAGACUGCAACAUGGACCUUCUGCUGAAUGAGUGCGAUGAAAUCAGAAAUCUAUGGCUGGAGAUAUUUGGGAGCAGAGACAUGCUCCAUGUACCAUAUGUGAAGGACAACUCCAGUGUCUUAAUGGUACAGAGCCAUAUCAUCGGUGGCUAUACCAUGCGCUGCUGCUUACCGUUCAGUUGGUGGAUCAAAGACUUCCUUGAUGGGCUCAUGAUGCAAACAUCCAGACAUGAAACCCAUUCACCUGGUCAUUUGCAAAAGUUGUUCUCAAACACUCCACUUGGCAGUUACAUGGCUAAAAAUGUGAAUGAAAAAAUGAAGAAAGAAUUCUUCGAAAGGUACUUGCAGGAUUUUGUUUCCAUGACAAUGAAAGUGGCAUCGGAAGAAGAAUUGCAGCUCUUGUGUCAGUCCCUGGCCAGCUGCGUUGAGGAAAUACAGAGACGAAAAAGAGUUGAAGAAGAGCUUUCUCUUCCUCACAUCCACAUCGCCUACCACUUCUACCAAAGCCGUCUCCAGAACCUCUCACGGAUGAUAUCUCUGCAGCCUGAGGUUGUCACUCUACUGCAAAGGAACAAGGACAUUAGAAAAUGUCCAGAGAUGGUUUUGGAUGUGUAUGCAGCCAUGGCAUGUGUUGAACGACUAGAGCCUGCUCAUUUAGACACUGAUGCUCAGAGCCAGAACUGGCUGAAGCAGGUGAAGAGGUUGCAAGCUUCUUUGGAGAUGAUUUGUUCUCCACAUAACCAACAAUAUGGAGAGCGAUGUAAGGAAAGACUCCGUGAUGUCAGUAACGGCUGGAAGCGCAUCUACAUCCUCUCAUUGUUUGUGGAACACAUGCUGCUGGGUUUUCAUCAUGAUGACAAUCAGCUCAGAGUUCUGGUCCUGGAGAACAUUAAAGCCUUAAGCAAGGUUCUGGAGAGAAACUCUGAUGUAAAAUCAGUGGUGGCUUUUCAAGCUGUGAUUAAAGUACUGAAGAGCUGUAAGCAGGGCGCUAGUGAUCAGCUGUUCCGGUUUGGACUCCAGUGUAGGGUGUGCAUGCGGGAGCCUCAGGAACCUGUUGGGCUGCCGUGCCAUCACAUCUACUGCUCAACAUGCAUCACAGCGAGCCUCGAUGCAGGAGCCACUUCCUGUCCCACCUGCAGGGAGCCGUUACCAGACGGCUUCCAGCCACAUGUCUCUGAAGAUAUCAGGAUUUCUAUCAAGAAAAAUGCAGAAUUCCGGCGGCGGUGCAAUGGUUUCUUUAUUGAUGUGCUCUCCACUGUGUGCUUCAAGGACAACACACCACCAGAGAAACACGUCAUCACCCACCUGCUGUCCUACCUGAGGGUUGAGACAGAACAUAAAGAGAUUUACACCAAAGAUCUGUCACCUUUUGACGAGUCUCCAGAUAAAAACCCAGUGGUGCGAUCUGUGAUCCUGAAGCUGCUUCUGAAGUUCAGCUUUGCUGAAGUCCAGGAAUAUCUGCAGCUGCAUUUAUCAUCUGUUGAAGAAUGCCAGUUUGUGGAUGAGGGAGAUAAAGCAGAGCUUUAUGCCUUAUACAUCAACUGCUUGGAGGACUCCAUGUGGGAGAAAAUACCUCAGGAAGGCAACAAGGCCAAAGAGCUGAAGACAUUUUACGAUGAUGAAACACGAUUUCUGGAUGAAGUGAGUUCAGUUCCAGCAGCAGUGUCUAUUCAACAUCUGCAGCACAUUGCACGGCUGCGUCUGUGCCUCAGCAUGGCCGCCCAGCUCGUCAGUGACAGGCUGUCUGAAAACAAUGUCCCAGAGGGAGCUGAGGACUUCUUAAACAAAGUGAUGAAGUUCUGUGAGGACAGUGGGAAUGACUGGUACCGUGUUUACCUGAUCCGUAAGCUCAGUGAGUGGCAGGGAGUGGAGUCUGUCCAGACGCUGGUCAAACAGACAAACUUCAGCUGGCUUUUCCCUGCAGAGAUCCAGCAACAGAAUGCAGAUGGAGGCCAGAUGGACCAGUUUCUGGUGUAUGGAGAGGAGUACAAGGCGGUCAGAGAUGCAGUUGCUAAGGCGGUCGUGGACGGAGCUGUAGAGCAGAUUGAAGAAGUUUGCGAGAAAUGCACCGCAACACCAAGGAACCGUACAAUGUUCAUCCUCUUGGCACUUUUCAGAGAAGUUACGACUCUGUACAGAUCUGCAAAUACAGCUCUCCAUCCUACCCCUGAGCGAUGCCAAGCGUUCGGGGAGCUCAUCCAGGGCUCCAGAUAUCUCCCUCAAAGAGAAGUGAGGGACUUUGCCUCAGCCUUGGUUCUCAACAGGUUGGGAGGCCUGGCCAUGAAGCCUGACCAUACUACUGUGGACAACACUGUUAUCGAGCUGACUGUCCAUCUGACAGCUGUGCUGCUGACGGGGACUCACCUCCUGCUGAUGCCACUCAAGAAUCUCGGUCUGUUUCCUGAAAAUAUGCAGGCAGCCUUUAUACCCACAAUGCCUGAUGACAUGUUAGCUGUUGCCCAGGCAACCAUACAACAAGACUAUGGGCAGCUCACCUGGUAUGUGUGUCCAAAUAAUCAUCCAUGCUUUGUUGAUGAGUGCGGCCUGCCCAUGGAGAUCCUCGAAUGUUGGGAGUGCGGCGAAAAGGUUGGAGGGGAAAAUCACCGCGCCACAGAGGGAUUCAAACCAAUUCAGCUGCAGCAGGAUAGCACCAGGCCUGGCCACAUUCUAGGAGACCCUGAGCGCAGAAACAACCCGGACGCUCUGGACACCAAAAACAUGUCUCUGAGUCCGUUCAUCCUGGUCAGACUAGUGACACACCUGGCUCUGAUGUCUGGAGCCUCAGAGAAGUCUCAGUUUGUCCAGCACAUCAUCCAGCCACCUGUGGAGGAUGUGGGUUUGUUUCUCAAAUUUCACAUCAUAAAGGAUCUGGAUCAGCUGGGAGAGGCACUGGGACGAGGAGCUGACGACACGAUUACCACUGUCCAUUCGGUGCUCAGGUCCCUGCAAGGGCUCGUCCCAGCUAGUCCCUCUGGUAUCGAUCCCCUCCUAACAACCAAAGCCUCCAGAAACACCUGGGAGACCACAGUGGCUGCAGAUAUCAUCACACCUCAGCUGAAGGAUCUUGAUCAGACGCUGCAAGAAGCGAAAGGCAGCAUCAGGACCGACUCCCGUGUUUCCUCCAACUUCAUCAUGAGGACCACGUUUGGAGAUGAUUGCAGCUUCCUGGCGUCGCUGCCUCAGGACUCGCAGCUGCACAGCUCGGCCGUGUGGAGCUGCCGGGAGAGGCUCUCACUGCGCAGCCUCGUUCACAUGGUGGAGCAGCACGGCCAGAAGGAGGAGCUGCCUCUUCUCUGGAGGUUCCUGCAGAAGGAGAGAGAAUUUCAGCAGAUUAAGUUCCUUCCAGACAUCUUAAUCCUGCAGAAACGCUUGGUUAGAAGAUUCCAGAAUGCGUCUGACCAGAUAGUGGGCUCCAUCGCAGAGUUCAUUGAGAAACAAACAGGAAUGAGGACAUGGUUUGAGAAACACAUUGAUAUCUUUCUGAAAACGUGGAAUCUGCUCAGAGUGUCAGUAACCAGCAGUGAGUUGAAGAUCCCAGAUGAGUUUUGCAGUGAGGACCUGAACCAGGACAGCGAGCUGCAGUACCUGUUGCCGCGGCGACAGGGUCCAGGCCUGUGUGCCACGGGGCUGCUCAGCCACUUGGUGGCGCUACACAAUGAGCUAGUGAACGCUGUGGACAGACACACCGGAGAGGACAGCAGCAGUUACAAGGUGAGUGUGUCAGAAGUCACGGAGCAGCAUGUGAUCCGCUACGAGCUGGAGAAGGACCUGCUUCCUCUGGUUCUGUCCAACUGCCAGUACAGCCUGGAGCACGGCCACGAGACCAUGUCCCAGUACGACCUGCCCCGGAUCCAGCACCAGAUCCUCACGCGCUUCCUGCAGGGGAAACCUCUCAUCAGCCGCACGGGAAUGCCCACUCUGGUCAACACACAAGAGAGAGACUUUGAAACCACCUUCAAAGCUGUUGAAGGAAAAGUGCCUCAGGUCCUUCUGUCGUCUCUGACGCGGAACGCCGUGUCCAGAGAGCUGGACGCCUACAGCGAGGUGUGUGAGGCGCUGCGGCUGGUGGAGCUGCUGCUGGGCUUCCUCUCCAUGACUGGAGGAGAUCCCAGCAUGUCCCUGGUCACUUACCUGCAGGACAUCCUGAAGAUGGCUGACCACAUAGAUCACCACAUACUGCAGGCUUUGGGCCGCUGCAGCCUCAGACACUGUGUUUCUCUGUGGCAGCUCCUCUCCUCUCUCAAGUCUGAAAACAUGCUGCAGCUCAAGAGGGAGCCCUUCUCAGAGUUUCCAGCUGAGUUCCUGCAGCCGCUGACAGAAGACAACCAGCUGGAGCUGAAAGGCUUCGUGUCCAGAGGAAACGUGGACCAGUGGCUGCUGGAGAUGCACGAGUUCCUCCUGGUGAACCUGGGCCGCCUCAGGGCCUCGGACCACUACAGACCGUCCUGGAGUGUGAAAGCGACGGUGUGCGGCUACAUGGACCGUAAAGAGCUGGAGGUUCCUCUCUACGUGGAGGAGAACUUCCCUGGAGAUCUGCUGCUGUCUCAGAUUGUAGAAGCCUGGAAAUGUGCCGUCAGAGCCAAACACGACUGGAUGAUGGAGGGAUGAGAGACGCUUCAAAGAGUUCAGCACAUCAUUUAUUUCUCUUUGUCUUUCAUUUGUUUCUGUGUUUAUUAUGUAUGAAAGAUGAUUUAAAAACGAUGAAGACUAUCAAACAGAUUGAAGCUGAUUAACAGUGAAUAUACAGUCAUUUACUGCCUUUUAUCAAUAUAUAUCUAUAUAUAUCUAUAAUCAAUAUAUCAGAAAUCAUUUGAUCAAUCACAUUCGGAGCCUCAUAUGAAGAAAAUGUCUGGAUCUGCUCAGGAAAUACUCUGCAACUGUUUCAUAAUUACUCUUUGUGAGCUAUAAUGUGUUUUAUUAUUAUUAUUUUACCAUUUACUCAUUUAUUUUCCUAUCAUACUCUACUUUGUUAACCCUACCGUAAGGGUUAUUGAUCUGCAUGCUUGUGCAGUAAACUAAUAUGGAAAAACAUGAUUUUAUUAUUUUUCUUUUUACUAGUAUUAUUCCUUUAUUACGAUUUUUUUUAUUAUUUACUAUCUUACAAGUUAAAGUACAUUUAGCUGAUAAUUUGCGUGGAAUUGAUUCAAGAGUAUUUGUUCUAUAUCUUUUCUUUUUUGGGAUUAUACUCCAGAAAACCAUGAUCACAGUUUGUGACAUCAUCCAUGAGUCAUAAUAGAAAUGUUUUUCCUGAAACCAAAUUAGUUCCAUUUUUUUGUUUUUAUUGUUUUUUUCUGGGUUUAUUUUGUAUGAAAGAUGAAGAAAUUGCGUCAUGGCUCUCUUAAAUAUUAUGUAGAAUAUCUGAUAUAUAUAUAUAUAUAUAUAUAUAUAUAUAUGUGUGUGUAAUAUAUCUGCUCAGGAAAAUAUUGUAUGACUUUCACAAACAAAUACUGUGCAACUGUUUUAUGUUUUGGUUUUUUAAUUAUUGUUAUUAUUAUACUCUACUUUGUUAACCCUACCAUUAGGAUAAUUGAUCUGCAUGGUGGUGCAGUAAACUGAUACCAUUUUCUUUUUACUAGUAUUUUUUUUCUUCUUGCAUAUUUCAGUACAUGUAGCUGAUAGUUUGCAUGGAACUGAUUGAAGGGUAUUUCUUUGAUAUAUCUAUAUAUAUUUUUUUAUUUCAUUCUAUUUUUUUGUUUGUUUGUGCAGUCUGGUCAUGUUUGGAAUGAAUCACAAAUAUUUGUGACAUCAUCCAUGAGUGAUGACAGUUCACUUCACUGAUAUUUUCCAGUUUAAGAAAAUCCAAAUCAAGAAACUGAAAGCAAAACAUCUCUGAACUCAACUGUCUAAAGUCUUUAAAUGUAUCAAUCAACUUCAAGAAUGUAAAAUAAUAAAUGUCUCGUGAUCCAAUCUCUGCUUACAGACAUUUAUGUAAAACUGGGAACGUUUAUACCACAUUUAUACUUCUGGAAGCAGCAUGUCUUCAUAUGUAAUACCCAUUGACUUCAUCAGACAUCAACAUCAUUCCUUAAGAGAAAGUUUCACAAGCUUUUUUUUUUUUUUUUGCUUUGGAAAGUGAUGUGCUCACUUUAUUUAGAGUUACAUAAUGUCACUGUUUCUAAAGUUCUUACAGACUUUUCUGAUGACAUCUCUUCAUUUUAAGAUGGUGUUUACUAUAAUAAAAGAGUUUUAAUCAA